ACCAGAGUUCAGAAGACUCAUUUCAUCUGAAGGAGAAGAAACGAGUCUCUUGUCGUCCCUUUACCGUGGGGUCCCAGCUUGGGCCAUGCCUCUGUUCCUGCAUCCCCUGAAGCUGACCCCUGAUGAUAGGGUGGGUGCCCCAGAAUGGCGACAGCAAACUCGAAAUUUAGUGAAUGCUGCCCAGCAGCUGACAGACCGAUGCAACGAAGCCGCGGUGGCUGUGUGGAAACCCCCGGACAAUGCCUCAGACGCCAACCUUACCCCGAGCCAGCGCCGACAAAAGUACACGGCCCCCUGGCGUUUCCGUGUAGAGAUGCUAAAGGGUGGUGGGACUGUGGAGCAGCCUCCCCCCGAGGAAGGGGUCACCCUCUGGAAGGCGAAGAUUAAGCCCCCUGCGUGGAAGGCAAACAUACCCCUGCCACUGCAUAGGGAAGCCCGGACUAUGAGGACUAAUGAGUAUAUCCAGAACUACGUGCGAGGUGCCAGGCUCUUGGCCGCUCGCCUGCGCCAGGCGGCUCAUGAGAUCAACGUGAAGAUCCAGGCCCUCAUUCGACAGAGAGAAGUCAUGGACCACAGGCUCAGUGAGAUACGAAAGGGUCUGCUCAUCAAUGAGCAGAGCAGAAAACUUCGGCUCUCCCGGCCUGUCUCAGAGCAGGUCCCAGACAAAACUGACACUCAGCUCCUGUGGGAGAAAGAAGAGCUUCGGGGCCUGAAAAGGAGAGUGGAAAAAGACAUGGAGACCUCAGAGACCUUGCUAAAGGCCUUAUCUAAAUGUCGUGAGGAUCUGACAGUUUGCUGUGAAGAGCGGCUUCUGGUGGUGGAUUUGAUGAACCACUGCUUGGAUACAGCACUGGUGGAGGCUGGGCGUCAGUCCUGGAUCAAUAUCAGCCGAGCCCAUACGCCCAAGGUGCAGGGUGCUGUCAGUCCACCAAUAAACCCUGUGGGGGUCAACCCCCCAGACUGUGACUUGGCUCUGAAUGAUGCCAAACGACUCCUGGUGGAGGGAAAAUCAGCACUGGAGAACAUGAGAAAGAGUGAGCAUCAUGCCCAAAACUGGCAACUGCACCUCAACAAAACAGUGGCAAAUUCUCUGUCCCGAAAGAUGCAAGAAAGUAUGCAGCUUAAGGAAAGGCUGAACAUGAUGACUGGACUCAUGAGAGGAACCAUUCUUCGAUGCAAAAAGUUCAAGGAAGAGAUGCUUCUCACACAGGGACUCAGCAGGGGUCCUGUGUGUGACACUUACCUGUCAACCAAAGAGAAGCUGGAUAGGCCCAUGGUCCGUGUGUUCCAGAGGCAUGUUGGCACCCAGCUUCCAGAAGCCAGUUACCUUACUUUGGGCACUGACACGCUGAAGCAAAACAUCAUCAAGACGGAAAAGGACUUGGAGAAGCUGGAUGCCACCAAGAAGCACCUGAACAACAGCUUGCUCGGCAAGCAGCUCGGUUACGAAGUGGAUUACGAUGUGGCACGCCUGCGCGUUCGCCACGGAGACCCGCGCGUAACUUACGAACAAGCCCAGCGUUUAUGUCACGACUGACCGCUACCUACCUCACUCCCACCUCCGCCCUGGCCCCGGCCCCGAUCCUGGCCCCGAUCCCAGCCCCGAUCCCGCUACCAAUAAAAGUCAAGUUGA